UCAAUCAGUGAGCGCGCGCUUGCAAAAAAACGAACGCGUUUUAAUUUAAAACCUCCUUGAAAACUCACAGCGCGCAUUUGGCAGCUUGCGUUUUUGGAUAAGCGUAACUUUUAUCUCCGUCUGCCUUCGGCUUCGCACGGCCUUCGUGCGUGCGUCAAUUCUACACGAAAAUAUUGCAAACCGCAUUAUACCGAGUGUUUGAGGCUCCUUUGUACGAGAAACCUUCCAAGUCGCAUAAAUCCUCCAGGAUCGUGUGGAACCAUCAUAUCUUGAAGGGACGUGUGUGCCGGAGUUUCAACCAAGCGGCUCGUCAUAGUUAAACUACCACCUCUGGAAACAGUACAAGAUGCUCCCGGGGUUAGCUCGGUUUAGCGUGGCUUCUCUGAUGACCGGCCAAGCACAAGAUCAAGGAUUAUUCAGCCCGUAUUCACCCUCUUACCCGGGAAUUCAUUCAAUGGACAAAGCGCAGGUUUUUCCCACGGAUUGCUAUCGCAGACAAGAUUUUGCAGCUCCUCCGCCGACACCACCAAACAGCGGGCAACAGUUCUGGCCGAACGCAUCAAGCGGAUGGUGUUCUCCGGCAGGCAUGCAGUAUGGGGGCUCUCUGAAUACGUACAAUCCAAAUCAAGCAUCGGCCUAUCCUUGUGGAAACUACUUCUUCUCCGACUAUAAUGUCGAUCGUGACGACAAGGACAGCAAAAAAAAACGAACGCGUACGGCAUUUUCAACAGACCAAAUCAAAAGUCUUGAAAAACGCUUCGUUUCCAAUCAUUACGUUGUUGGAGCAGAACGUCAGAAACUAGCGACCGAACUUGAUUUAUCCGAGGCGCAAGUGAAGGUGUGGUUUCAAAAUCGAAGAACAAAAUACAAAAAGGAGAAAGAACUAGAAAAGCUCGGUAAACGUCGAAUAAAACGAAAAGGCGAACAUCAUAUCAGGAAGUGGCAAAUAUUAACGAAACAUUUUGGACCGGAUACCGAAGAACUGUUCUCUGAUCAGUAAUGUGACCUCAAUGGACCCAUGUAUCAACAUGCACAGAACAGGUCAACCAUACUGAAAAUGCUUGCUUGGAUGCAGUAUUAACCAUCACAAACGAAGGAUACCAAACGGGUGACAUAUUGGUUUGUAUUACGGGGUAGUGUAACGUCGAGGCUGGUGAUAGCAUUGAUGCAAAAGAUGCUAUGUUUCCGCGAUAUAAAUUUAAUUUUCAAACAGCUUCAACCUUUCAUAUAGUUCACUCACAGAUGACAACUCGUACGUAACUGAUCUCGCAAUUCAAAGCGAGCAUAACAACAGCUGUACUUUGGAAUAAGUCAUAAGUUUGCAUGACUGACCACUUAAACUCGUUCCUAGAUCCACGGUCGCAUAUUUUGGCUUGGUGGAUUAAGCCAGGAAUCAUAUGAAUUCAGCGAGGUUUUCACUCGUUGUUGUUCAAUGCAUGUAAAACUUUCCUGUACGAUAAAGACAAAUUUUAAAUCGAGUCAUUUCGAGUGUAAAUAGUGGACAUUGAUAGGAAUAUUGUACAUAGUAAAUCAACUGAAAAUAUGUAGGUAUGUAGGUAAAAUUAUAACACAAAAUACGGGUUAGAUGUGAAUAGUUCAAGUUAAGAAUACUGAGCCGAUUUGAUUCAUAUUUGAGACGGGAAACUCGUCUGAUGUGAAACCGCAGAGAGUUUCUUGUCCGAAUAUUCCCUUCUAAACCUUUCCCGUCCAUGCAUGCAAACAGACUGGUUAGUGGGAGUCCCGUCUGAACGAGAAAGUCGUUUUAAAUUAUUCGAAUCUACAGUAGAUAGAUAAGUCAGACAAUCGAGUUUCUCACUGAAUACCAACACGGUAAAAAACGAAACUAUGAGUAAGGGAAAUAGACAAUAUUAUUGUCGUAAUGAUUACGUGACGAACAUCAAAGUUUAUCCAUCACAAUUGAUAUUCAGACAGGCUGUCACGGAGUUUCCCGUCCCUAAUAUAAAUUCGACUAAAAAAGUGUAAGCGUAGAAGAAGAAUACUAGUUUUAUAGUAUUCCUGCUUGAAUUUAGUAUACGAAGACGGAAAAUAUUACAGAAUAGCUGUGUAAAUCACAUUGUUUAACACUGUUUGAUCAUAUGACGACACUGUUUCUCGGCGGUGCAAUGCAAUAUCUGUCCCUUGAAUGCAAGGUCCACAAUUUUACCAUCGAGGAAUGCAAUAAUCUCUUUUCGCGCUCUCUCGACAACACAGAAAGCCUCGCCUGCAUCUAUAUUCGUAUGCAACAGGUAAACACGUUAGAUUCGCCUAGAUUCAAUGUAAAUAAAUUCACCAUUCAUGCAUAAAUAUGGUAUGCCCCUAAAGGUAAACAGCCUUCAAUUCGUUUACAUUAAUUAAUUAAGUAGAUUCAAAUGCCAGACUCGCAAUG